AUGUCGUUGGAUAUUCAUUUUUCUGGUGAACCUGGGGAUGCCAGCUUUGACCUAGUAGCUGUCCAUGGAUUCUUUAACACAUCGAGCGAAGCAUGGGACCUUGGUUCGGAAUCCGAACCAUGGUUGAAGGAGCAGUUGACGGCCAAAAAACGCUAUGGCCGCCUUCUAUUUCAUAGAUAUGACACUGGCGCCUCCGCAGUUCAAGGCCUCUGUGGUCGAGGCGCAAUCCAGAAGGAGGCCAUCAUGCUGCUGCAGAAGGUUGCCGAACAACGAAAAGACCAGGACCCCCCUCGACCACUUAUUUUUCUCGCCCUGGACUUUGGGGGGUUGAUCAUUAAAGAGGCCAUCAUCCAAGCGAGCAGACACACGCUUGAGUUUGCAAAUAUCAGUGCUUCUACCCGUCUAAUGUCUUUCGUUGGUACUCCGCACAGAUGGCACAACAAACAAGACCUAGAAUCAAAGCUGGCCAGCUUUCUAUUUGCCAAGCGGCCUACAGCUCUAAUUGUUGAGGACAUCAAUCGGCUGGCGAAGACUGUCUCAUCCAUCUCCGAAGAAUUCCUACAAACAAGAGCAACCAUCCACAGUACACUAAUCAGUGUUUGUUCAGAAGCUCCUGAAGCGUAUGGGAUUCAUCAGAUCUUCACGUCUAGUUUUGGCAUUCCCAUGGAGUUGCGCUUCUCCGCCCAGUCAGUUGAUGCGGUCCAGGAGGUGAGCGUGCGGGACGCUCUUAUCGAGACUCUAGAAUCGAGAAUUCUUGGAGUGAUCAACGCCCCGACUCCAACCCACACACUAGCUUGGCUGAACGGUGCUGUUGUCGUUCAGGCUCCGUCACCCACCCCAAUUAUGUCUGUAAAAACAGCCGACAGUGACCAUGUGCCAUUUUCGUGGCUGGAUGAUAGCCCGGUUUUCAAGGAGUGGAUGAACCACGAAGGAUGUAAAAUCAUGCACAUCCAUGGCUCGUCCAAUGUCUCAGUCGCCGCGUCUUAUGCCUACCAACAAGCCCGAAUACACGCGUCGACUGGAGGUUUUACAAGCGGUCUAACACUGUAUUUCAGAUUCGACCGCCACGAUUGUCAAAGAAACACCAUCAAGUCAAUGGCGAACUUAUUCCUCGCUCAGACUAUUGCCCGGUUCGGCACCCUUCCAGCCUCCGCCCAGUUUCCAAGCUUUGAACCACCGCUGUUUGACAAGGCCCUUACGGAAAAAGAUGUCUUCUUUUUGCUCAACAGCUUUCGACUGGAUUGCAACAGGCCAGCAAGGACGACAUGGGUGCUGGACAGACUCGAUGAGUGCGAACCAGCUUCGUGCAACUGGUUUCUUAACCAGUUGGCCUCAAUCGCAGCGCGAUGCGAGUUGUACUUCAAGGUCUUGAUUACUACUGCCAGUCCUAAGCAUGUCCAAACUCAGCUUGCUGCCGCCGGCUGCGAAAGCUUGUCCUUGGAUAUCGCCUCCUCGCAGGUGUGCCCCGGAAUCAAAAUACCGCCGGUCCCAGCCAGUCGCCACUGUCCAGCGCUCGAGCCGUAUGCACCUCAACUCGGUGAUCUGCUUGGAGCGUGCCAGCCUGACCAGGAUCUUUUCAGAAUGGUUGUGGACUGGCUUAAUCUGCAAGCUUCUCGGUGGAAUACAAGGGCGGAAAUGGCCGAAGUGGUGACGGCAUUGUCUCCCCCAUCACCGCGGGUGCUGUUGGGAGCGGUAAUGCAGGCUGUGCCCACAUUUUUACGGCCGAUUGCUCGCGACAUUCUUUGCUGGGUUCGGAACGCGGUCCGGCCUCUGACACCACUUGAAUUAGCAUCGGCCCUCAAGUUUCAGGGAGCUGACUUGGGAUGUCUUAAUAUCGAGUUGUACAUCGCCAAGAUCUUCGGACCACUUCUCACGACUCGCCACGGUGAAGUUCACUUCACACAGCCAUGGGUUCGGGAGCUUUUGUCAAUUUUGGAAAAGACGACCCAUUGGUAUGCGGCGGCCUCGACAGCAGAUGAUCACAAAGAAAUUGCCAAGGCGUGUCUUCGCUUUUUGCGUCUUCCUGAGACGAUCAAGGCAUUGUCUCAGAGGUGUGGUGGGGCAAGGGCCUCGGGAGUCUUGCUCACUAGCCGACACGACAUUGUCUCCUAUGCUGUCGCGUUCUGGCCAACACACUACCGCUUGGGAUACCUGGCAGCAGACUCAUCGGCUUCGGCACCCGAAGACCUCAUUUCAUUCCUUGGAGAUUCGAAAGCUUUGAGAGCGUGGUUCAGUGCUCAUGGGUGCCUGUUGCCGCCGCACCAGCAACCCCAUAGCUCAUAUCUUUCCGCCUUACCUAUAGUCUCGCAUUUAGGAUUGGAAACCCAGGUCGAGAACAUGCUUCCCAUAGAUGCCGACCUUCCUACCAGCCUUCAAGAACUAGAGGACGCUUUAUGUGAGGCUUCCAGAAUGGGUCACAAAAACAUUGUGGAUUUGCUGCUCAGCAGACCAUGGACAUUGACGUUGCACGGUGUGGUUGGGGCAAUGGAGGCCGCAGCCCUCGCAGCUGAGUAUGAGCUAGUCGAGGUGUUGUUCGCGUACGCCAAGAACAAACACAAGGACCAGGCGACAUCGCAUAUGUACCCUCAUUCCAUCCUUGCUCGACUAGCUUGGGCAGGGAAGGGGAAGCUUCUGGAGUCACUGAUGCAAGGUCGCCCAUCCGGAGACCCAACAAGUCCAACAGUACCAGCCUCCAAGCUUUUGUGUGCUGUGGCAACCGGUCAGCUCGGCACCAUUAAGACUCUUCUCCAACAUGGCGAAGACGCGAACUAUCAAGAUGAAACUCGGCUUUCACGCACCCCUUUGCAUAUGGCAUGCCGAUCCGGAUAUGGGGACGCAGUCAGGGCUCUCGUUGCAGAUGGCGCCGCGGAUAUUGAGGGUCACAACGGACAGGGCCAGACAGCACUGCAGAAGGCCAUCAAUCUUGGAAACAUUGACGCCACAAAAGCUCUCUUGGACGGUGGGGCAGACAUCGCCAGCGUCGAGGCUGAGAUACCGCGGACCGAUGGCUCUUUUCCGUAUCCUGCUUUCUAUAUGGCUGCUUGCGAGUCUAGCUUCCAGUGCAUUACGGCGGUGCUGGAACGGGGUGCCAAUGCAGAUGCCACCACAGAUGAGUACACCCCUCUCUGCUAUGCAGCCGUCACCGGAAAGCUGGCUUGGGCAAAGCUUCUCCUGGCUCACGGAGCUCGAGUGAAUGGAUUAGGAAAAUGGGUCCCGCUGUGUCAGGCCACCGCGAAAAACACUGGGAAGAAUAUGGAUAUGGUCAAACUUCUGCUUGAGCACGGCGCCGAUAUCAACGCUUCGGGUUCAGCUGACGUUGCUACUCCAUUGGAGCGGGCUUCGGAGGCAAACUUGUUGGAAGUCGUCGAGUUCCUCAUGGCCAAGGGGGCCGACAUUGGGCUUCACGGGGCUGGAAGUACAGCUCUGUCCCGUGCUGCCUCGAAGGGUCAUACAAAAAUGGUCCGUUAUCUUUUGAAAGCGGGAUCCAACCCCAAUGAGGCCCAUCCAGCAGCAACAUCAUGGAAGGCAUUGCACUGGGCGCAUGAUCAUCCCGAGUGUCUAGAGGUGCUUCUAGAUAGCGGUGCCGAUAUCGACGCCAUGUCGAAAGACGGCACCGCAGUAUACAUUGCGUCGUACAACAACCACCUGGAGUCUGUCAAGCUCCUCAUCUCACGUGGAGCCAACCUCGAAUUGACAUGCGAGUUUCCAGACUUAUGGGACUCGAACUGUACAGCUCUUCUUGGGGCCGCUGGAAAAGGCAACGCUGAAAUCGUGCGGGCUCUUCUAGAUGCUGGUGCCGACAUCACAGCCAGGUCGCCAAGGGACGAGACAGCUCUGCACCUCGCGAUUAGCCAUGCAAACAGCGAGGCCACAGUUAGGGUCCUUCUCGAAUAUACUCCUGAUUUGAAUGCCCAAGAGUCCUUCUUUCAACACACCGCUCUUCAUCGACUCAUGUUGGAGGCAACCACGCAACUCAGUAUAGCGAAAAUUCUAGUCACGCGAGGGACGAGCCUUGAAAUCCGAAACAAGGGAGGAUAUACUGUUCUCGAUUAUGCCAUUUACUGGCGUGAGUAUGAGGUUGCCAAAUACCUCGUCAGGGCAAAGGCCAAAAUCAACACCGUCGGUAGUACUUGGGGAGGACCGCUCCACAUUGCUUGCUGGCGAAUGAACCUUGAUAUGAUCAGGUUCCUUGUGGCGAAUGGCGCAGAUGCUAACCUGAUUGAUAACUCCCGUGGUGUACCGUUGCUCGUAGCCAUGACUGAACAUCAAGAGGGAGAGGAUGUGACACUCGAGAUGAAGACAGCUGUCGUCCGUUAUUUGAUUGAGGAGGCGAAGGCGGACGUGACGGUUCGGGGAGGGAUGUAUUUCAUCACGGUUCUCAACGGAGCAUGCAUGCAACCGGAUGUAGACCUGUUGCAAUAUAUCCUGGACCAGGACCCUGUGGAUUCCGACAUAAAUACAGCAGGCUUCAACGGCUGCCGGCCCAUCCACUUUGCAACUUAUCAGAGUUUGGAGCAUGUUUCAAAAGUGUUGGCCAGAGGGGCUGAUAUCAAUGCCUGUGACAAGCUCGGACGAACCACCCUCCACACAGCGGUCGCCAGUGGCAGACCAGAUGUUGUCGAGAAAAUCUUAUCACUGACCGGGAGCCGGUAUAUCAACGAAACCGAUCGAGAUGGAUGGACACCACUGAUGUGGGCGGUGAGGCAGUGUUCACACUGGGGUGUGAAGUCGGAUAAUCAAGAAGAGAUUGUCCGAUUAUUGCUUGAUCACGGCGCCAGCCUGUGGACAACUGGCAGGACAUGCCAUGAAGAGGGAUGGUCAGCGCUGAAGCUGGCUCGCUACUAUGGAGCCUCCCAAGAGGUGAUUCUACUGCUUACCCCAAAGCAGAGACACUAUCUCGAUGACAAAGGAGAACCCCAAGUGUGGGACCCGCAGGCACAUCGUUCCCGCAGGGCAAAAAGACAAAAUGGCUUCUGCGACUUGUGUCUAUAUACCCUCUGGGGCUCGGGGUACGCCAACGGACGGCUGUGGCUUUGCGCCAAGUGCUACACCUAUCAGAAUGAGUUUUUCCCCGAACUGAAGGACUGGAAACCGGCGAACGAUGGUGAAGAGUUUGAUCCUGACGCGCCGGAAGAACAGGAGGAGGAGGCAGAACCAGCGGUGGAUGAGAUUGGCAAGCCGUCGCCAGGGCAGGUGAAGCAAGUACAGACCACGGAGGCGGAUUAUUGGUCUGAUUCGGAUUCGGAUUAG